UACCACAAGACCAUACCGCUUUGUGGUUAGCUAGCUAGUCCUGGAGGUAUUUUACCAGUGCAUUACGGUAUUUAUGCAACUUCCAGGGCGGACGUAUACGUAACCGUACUGCACCCCAAGUACACAUGCCGGUUAAGGGUUGAACAAACCUUUAAACGGUUGUUUAUGUUGGCGACAGCGUAGAGACAUGUCUGCGUGUGCCUUUGCUUUAAAGCUUUUACCGUUCGUGGUGACAGGAAGGUUUUGCAGCAGAGCGUCUUGUCCCGCACGCUCAGCUGUCCGUGCGUUCUCGCGCACUGCAACUCGUUCCCAACUACACAGAGUGGAGGGGACCGGGGCUUUGACAGGCAAAGUGGACCGAUUCGGUGGAGUGACAGUGAACCUGGCUGACAUCGGUUUACCGGCGGACAUCAGCGAAAGCUCAUUCAGCAGAUUGCUUCAAGAUUCUUUGGCCCAGUGGAAAACAGAGGGGAAAGUUGCAGUGUGGCUUCGAGUACCUAUCUCACUGAGUCGAUGUGCUGCCGCUGCCUCUACUCACGGCUUCACCUUCCAUCACGCCAAACACGGCCACGCGGUGUUGGCCCUCUGGUUGGGGGAAGGGGAAAGCAGACUGCCGGGGUUUGCAACUCACCAAAUUGGAGUAGCAGGUGCAGUUGUUGAUGAAUCCAAUGGAAAGGUUCUUGUGGUCCAAGACAGAAACAAGACAAAGAAUGCUUGGAAGUUUCCCGGUGGCUUGUCUGAUCCAGGAGAAAAUAUUGGUGCCACUGCCGUUCGUGAAGUCUUUGAGGAAACUGGCGUUCACGCUGAGUUCAGAUCUCUGCUCAGCAUCCGGCAGCAGCACAACCACCCCGGCGCCUUCGGCAUGUCGGACAUGUACAUCAUCUGCCGACUCUGCCCUCUCACCUACGACAUUAACUUCUGUACUCAGGAGUGUCUGCGCUGUGAUUGGCUGGACCUCGCCGAGCUGGCCAGGACCAGCGACACCACGCCCAUCACGUCUCGCGUAGCCAGGGUUCUGCUUCACGGCCUGGAGCACGGCUUCAACAACAUCGACCUCAGCAUGGAGGAGCUUCCUGCUGUCUACUCAGGGAGGUUUUACCAGCUGUAUCACAGGCAGCUUCCCCCAACACUAAAAUCCUAGCAAGCCAUCAUCAACCAAGCAUAUCAUGGAUUGCUAUUUUGACACAUGGUUGUCAGUAUUACUCAUAUUUAAAGUGUAUUUAGGACUGGAAUAAAAACUUCACACUAGCUGUUACCUUUUGAAGAAAUGCGGUGCAAUAGGUUGCAAACGACAAGAACAAGAGAUAUGCCACUGCGGAGCCUGCAGGACUGUAGAGUUUUAUACAGUGUAUUUAACACUUUUUGGUGGCCAUGUUGGAAGUCCAUAUCUGUUGGGCAAACGGGCUGCCAGCAGCUGAUUUCAUUUUUAAAUUCUGCUGUAUUUUUAACUAGGAAUACUUUAGGUCGUGUUAACAAGCUGACCACCAGUAGUACCUGAACAUACACUGGCAGAAUUCAACGUCAGUGGCCAGUAGUUGCAAUAUUAUUAUUGGCUGCCUUGCUAAAUUGGCGUACUGACAGGUAAAAAAAAAAAAAAAA